AAUUCAUGGUCCUGAGUGCUACAAUUUCUUAAAAGCUUCUACUUUGUUUGGGUUUUUGAGCUUUUCAGAUUUCAAACUCAGUAUCCUUUUUUUUAGCUUGCUCAAGAGUUUACCUUUUUCGACUGAAGAUUCUUGGGACACUUAAAUUUCAUUUAUUUAUAAUGAAACCCUGAAACCCCAUCUUUGAACAUCUUUAUGUUUACUCUAUAAGAUUUGUGGUUAAAAAGGAGAUUCCUAUGAAGCAGAGAUUUCAAAUUCUCAAGUUGUUUUAGUUGAAGCCAUGGUAAAACCAUUUUCUCAAAACCGGUACUCUUUUUGCAAGUUUGAAUCAAUUUAAUUUUGGGGUUAAAAGUCUUUAAAUAAACCCAAAGUUUUGGUCCCCAAAUAUAUAAAAAAAUCAGUCUUUCUCUUCUUAAACUGUGAUUAAUUCAAUAGUAAAUGCAUGGAUGGGAGAGAAGCCAUGGCAUUAUCAGGCGGGUCAUCUCCUUAUUAUAUUCAUAGAGGAGUUAGUGGGCCUAGUUUAUCUGCAUUUUAUUCUCAACCAAGUUUCAGGCCCCCAUCUAACCCCCAGGUUCAGCUUCAGUCGGACAUUGGAUCAACAGUUACAAGGGAGCCUAAAAAUGACAGCUUUCCUCAUGGUAUUGACAUGGGGUUGCCCUCUGGGGUGCCACCGGGGGAGCCGGUUAAGAAAAAAAGAGGGAGGCCCCGGAAGUAUGCUCCUGAUGGCCAGGUUUCACUGGGACUUUUGCCUUUGCCUGCGAAGCCCAAAUCUUCAUCAGGAUCAGAUGCUUCUGGCCACAAAAGAAAGAAAGGACGUCCUCCUGGGACUGGGAGAAAGCAGCAAUUAGCACCUCUAGGCGAAUGGAUGAACAGUUCAGCUGGGCAGGCCUUUGCUCCUCAUGUUGUUACUGUUGGAAUUGGAGAAGAUAUUGUAGAGAAAAUGGUGUCCUUUUCACAACAAAGGCCAAGAGCUGUUUGCAUUUUAUCAGGCAGUGGUACAGUUUCCUCUGUAACUCUACGUCAAUCUGCAUCUCCAACGCCUACGGUGACAUAUGAGGGCCGUUUCGAGAUAUUAUGUUUGUCUGGGUCGUACUUGCUUCCCGAGGAUGGUGGACCUUGCAGUCGAACAGGAGGCAUAAGUGCUUCUCUUUCUACCCCUGAUGGUCAUGUCAUAGGUGGUGGGGUUGCAACAUUGAUUGCAUCAAGCCCAGUUCAGCUGGUGGUAUGCAGUUUUGUUUAUGGGGGAUCUAAAACUAAGAACAAGCAACCGGCUAGUACGAAAGGAAAGGAUUCCAUGCCCCAAUUAUGCAAUGAAACAACUAUGCCAACAAGUGCACCUUCGACUCAACAUUUUACUUCCCCUCCUCUGAGUGCUUGGCCUGGUUCACGGCCUGUCGGUCUGAGAAACCCUUCCGGAGAUAUUGACCUGAUGCGAGGAUGAUCACUACAUUCAUGUUGUACAUCUACAGAAUCUGAGAUGAAAAGUUCAAAUAUCUUCCCAAUUUGCCCUAUAGGGGAAAUAGGUUUCUGCUAACUUGGAUUGUAACAAAGUAAGUUGCUUUAGCUUUGGGUGGAGGUAGGGCUAAGGGGUUCAUUGUUUGUUCAGCUGUGAAAUCCAACCAUUUUUAUCUGCCUUAUGCAGCAUUUCAAGUUAGAUGAACAAAAUAUGGAAAACAAGUGAACU